UCGGACCCAUGGCUCAAUGGAAACACUCGAGUUGCCUGCGAACAUUGGAAUUUUAGAGCGCGGUCCAGCUGGUGCUACCAUCCACGCGCACAGUGCCGGGUCAGCGAUCAGCCGGAGUGUUUUUUCCGAUAUCCCGGCUCUGCAGACGCUCUUCAGUGUCGAUGGGCGUAUCCUCGCUUGUGUGCACAAUUCUGGCGUUUCCGUCUAUGACGCGAAGAGCUUCGUGCCCGUGCUGCAGAUUCACACGCCUGGAACUGUCGCUGUGUCGUUUUCGACCACAGGUCGAUUUCUUUGCGUGCUGCAGAAGGCAAGCAACUUAGGAGCCGGUAAAGAAAAGAACCUCACUGUAUGGGAAGUGAGUAGCGGGGCGAUCGCUUAUGACUGUUUUCAGAAGGCUUUCAGCAAGGCAGACUGGCCAACCAUUCAGUUCAGUGCAGACGAUGGAAUUGCUUGUCGUGCAGUCUCUAACGAAGUGCAUUUCUUUUUCCCUCCUCACUUCACCACCCAUCAUGUCCGCCUUCGUGUUGAACAAGUUGCCAAGUGUAAACUUUCACCCUGUCACCACCCAGUGAUCGCUAGCUUUGCCCCGACGAACCAAAAACAGCCUGGUAAAGUCUCCCUAUACGAUGUUCCAUCUGCGGGAACUCAGGAAUUGGUCAAGCAGGAACCUAAAGUGCAGAAGUCCAUCUUUCGGGUGCAGGAUAUCGACUUUAGAUGGGCUUCGGAUGGUUCUGCUGUCCUUAUAAUUGCAUCAUCAGACGUAGACAUGACCAACCAAAGCUACUUUGGCGAAACGAAUCUACACUAUGCACGCGUGGACGGGCGCGUGAACUGUAAGGUAUCUCUGGACAAAGAAGGGGCAGUUCACGAAGCUUCAUGGUCACCAAAUAGCGAUGAAUUUGUUGUUGUUUAUGGUGUUAUGCCUGCAAAAGCAACAAUAUUCUCGGCGUUAACAUGUGAACCGAUAUAUCAGCUGGGUUCAGGACCCCAUAAUACUGUGCGCUGGAAUCCCUUCGGUCACAUGAUUUGCCUUGCAGGUUUCGGCAACUUACCUGGGGACUUGAGGUUCUAUGAUAAAAAAGCGGAUGGCAAGUAUAAGCUUACAGGUUUUGCGAGAGCGGCAUGUUCGGUGAGAAGUUGCUACUGCAAGUUUAUUUACUUCUGCGUGUUGAACGUUGACAACGGUUUCAAAAUCUGGCGUUAUAAUGGUGAACUCCUCUAUCACGCUGAACGUAAUAAAUUGUAUGAAGCUACUUGGCAGCCAGUAGCAGCUGGGACAUAUAAAAGUCGACCAAUUUCACCAGGGACUGUGCGGAAGGAAGAUGGAAGUGGAUUAAAGGGCACAGGUGAUACAUCUGGUCCAAGAAAACCGCCACCUUACGUGCCACCACACGGGUCCAGCGGUACGGGUUCCUUCAGCCUAGCACACGCUCCACCUGAGGAGAGUAAACCGGGAAAAUAUCGUACGUCGCGUUCAACAGAACCAUUUCCUUUCACCGCGACUUCUGGUCCGCCUGGCGCUACUUUUGCGGACUCUAAAGCGAGCAAAAAUGCAGCAAAAAAUGCAAAAAAAAGGGCAGCGGCCAAGGCAAAGAAAGGAAUGGGAGCUACAUGAACAUUUUGAUUGCGUAUUUUUUCAAAUGGAGUGGAAAAUUGUUUCUUAUUCAUCCUGAAGGGGUUCAGCGAGUGUGGGACAUCAACGACAAGCAUAACUAUUUCGCCAUUCCAUUCUCGUGUGUUCCGUUCAGCCUAUCAAGUUAGACACAUAACUCCCAAAUUUCGAGAUAGGUUUCUGUUUUGUGAUCUCAGUCUGCACCAUUUUGAGUCAGAGAAGAAUUCCAUUCGAACGAAUUUCGAUCAAGAAUUUGAAGCCACGCUUAAGAGAGGUCUCUUCGGAAAAAUUCGAGUAAAUAGUUUGUAACAGCCAGAAUAAG